AAGCUGGGCCCUCACCCACCCCAGGGAGAAUGCAGUUCUUCGGACGCCUCGUCAACACCCUCAGUAGUGUCACCAACUUGUUCUCAAACCCAUUCCGGGUGAAGGAGGUGUCCGUGGCUGACUAUGCCUCAAGUGAACGUGUUCGAGAGGAAGGACAGCUGGUUCUGUUCCAGAAUGCUUCCAAUCGCACCUGGGACUGCAUCCUGGUCAGCCCUAGGAGCCCCCAGAGUGGCUUCCGACUCUUCCAGCUAGAGUCAGAGGCAGAUGCCCUGGUGAACUUCCAGCAAUACUCCUCCCAGCUGCCACCCUUCUACGAGAGCUCUGUGCAGACCCUGCAUGUGGAGGUGCUACAGCACCUGUCUGACCUCAUCCGCAGCCACCCCAGCUGGACCGUGGCACACCUGGCGGUGGAGCUUGGCAUUCGGGAGUGCUUCCAUCACAGCCGAAUCAUCAGCUGCGCCAACAGCACAGAGAAUGAGGAGGGCUGCACCCCACUACAUUUGGCCUGCCGCAAGGGUGACAGUGAGAUCCUGGUGGAGUUGGUACAGUACUGCCAUGCCCAGAUGGAUGUCACUGACAACAAAGGAGAGACGGCCUUCCAUUACGCUGUACAAGGGGACAAUUCCCAGGUCCUGCAGCUCCUAGGAAAGAACGCCUCAGCCGGCCUGAACCAGGUGAACAAACAAGGGCUAACUCCCCUGCACCUGGCCUGCCAGAUGGGAAAGCAGGAGAUGGUGCGUGUACUGCUGCUUUGUAACGCCCGCUGCAACAUCAUGGGACCCGGUGGCUUCCCCAUCCACACAGCCAUGAAGUUCUCCCAGAAGGGGUGUGCCGAAAUGAUUAUCAGUAUGGACAGCAGCCAGAUUCACAGCAAGGAUCCUCGAUACGGAGCCAGCCCACUCCACUGGGCCAAGAAUGCCGAGAUGGCCCGGAUGCUGCUGAAGCGGGGCUGUGACGUGGACAGCACAAGCACUGCGGGAAACACAGCCCUGCAUGUGGCAGUGAUGCGCAACCGCUUUGACUGUGUCAUGGUGCUGCUGACCUAUGGGGCCAACGCAGGUGCCCGAGGAGAGCACGGGAACACGCCGCUGCACCUGGCCAUGUCGAAAGAUAACAUGGAGAUGAUCAAAGCCCUCAUUGUAUUUGGGGCAGAAGUGGACACCCCAAAUGACUUUGGGGAGACUCCUGCCUUCAUGGCCUCCAAGAUUAGCAAACUGAUUACCAGGAAGGCGCUCUUGAGUCUGCUGAGAACUGUGGGUGCUGACCACCGCUUCCCACUCAUCCAGGGGGUCCCCACGGACCAGAGCUCUGCAGCAACACCUCACCCCUUCUUCUCCCUGGACAAAACUCAGACCCCAGCAAUCAGCUUAAACAACCUAGAGCUUCAGGAUCUCAUGCCCAUCUCCCGAGCCCGGAAGCCAGCAUUCAUCCUGAGCUCCAUGAGGGAUGAGAAGCGAACCCAUGAUCACUUGCUCUGCCUGGACGGAGGGGGCGUGAAAGGCCUGGUCAUCAUCCAGCUCCUCAUUGCCAUCGAGAAGGCCUCAGGUGUGGCCACCAAGGACCUCUUCGACUGGGUGGCAGGAACCAGCACUGGGGGCAUCCUGGCCCUGGCCAUUCUGCACAGUAAGUCCAUGGCCUAUAUGCGUGGCGUGUACUUCCGUAUGAAGGACGAGGUGUUUCGGGGCUCACGGCCCUAUGAGUCUGGGCCCCUGGAAGAAUUCCUGAAGCGGGAGUUUGGGGAGCACACCAAGAUGACAGAUGUCAAAAAACCCAAGGUGAUGCUGACAGGAACACUGUCUGACCGGCAGCCAGCAGAGCUCCAUCUGUUCCGGAAUUACAAUGCUCCAGAGGCCAAUCGGGAACCUCGCUUCAACCAAAACAUUAACCUGAAGCCGCCAACUGAGCCUGCAGAUCAACUGGUAUGGCGGGCAGCCCGGAGCAGUGGGGCAGCCCCAACCUACUUCCGGCCCAAUGGACGCUUCCUGGAUGGUGGGCUGCUGGCCAACAACCCCACACUAGAUGCCAUGACUGAAAUCCAUGAAUACAAUCAGGACAUGAUCCGCAAGGGCCAAGGCAACAAGGUGAAGAAACUCUCCAUAGUCGUCUCCCUGGGGACAGGAAGGUCCCCUCAAGUGCCGGUAACCUGUGUAGAUGUCUUUCGCCCCAGCAACCCCUGGGAACUGGCCAAGACUGUUUUUGGAGCCAAGGAACUGGGCAAGAUGGUGGUGGACUGUUGCACAGAUCCAGAUGGUCGGGCCGUGGACCGGGCCCGGGCCUGGUGCGAGAUGGUUGGCAUCCAGUACUUCAGACUGAACCCCCAACUGGGAACAGACAUCAUGCUGGAUGAGGUCAAUGAUGCUGUGCUAGUCAAUGCCCUCUGGGAAACGGAAGUCUACAUCUAUGAGCACCGGGAGGAGUUCCAGAAGCUUGUCCAGCUGCUGCUGUCACCCUGAACCCCAGGCCCGCUGGCAGGGGCGUACCAGGCUGCCCAGCACACUGAGGGCCAAGCUGGGCCAGACAGCUCUGUAUCCACUGGAGGACUGGGGCUCA